GAACAGAACAGACUGAUAUGUUUAGAUGAAACACUAGAGGUUUUUAUUGUGAUGUUGAGUAUUGAAGUGUAAUGAUGACACAGGUGUAAGAGGAGGCCACAUGCUCAACAUCAAUUAUUCAAACAGCAGAAUUGAGCUGAUUGGCUGCUACAUGACUGCGUACCUGUGUGUUUACCUCUGUCCGUACCUGUGUGAGUCUGUAGCUGUCGUCCUCACUCUGAUCUUCAGUUUGUCUUUAUCUGUCUGUCAUCUUUCAUAUCAGGUUGGAGGUGAAGAUGGUUUCUCCGGCAAUAGCGUUGGCCUUUAUUCCUCUGGUACUCACGAUGAUCAUCCGCUAUCGGCAUUACUUUGUGCUGCUGUAUCGGGCCGUUCUGAUCCGCUGGGUGCGAGACUGUUUAACAGGUCUCAGUCGUGAGGAACGGGCCUAUCAGUACAUUUUGACACACGCCACACCUGGUGACUCACAGAGCAUCCUUGACACAUUUGACCAAUGGUGCAGUCAAGUUGAGUUUAUAAGUAACAUUGGGCCAAAGAAAGGUAAGAUUCUGGAUCGGUUAAUUCAGGCUCACUGUCCGCUCACUAUUCUGGAGUUGGGUACACACUGUGGGUACAGCACCGUACGCAUGGCACGUCAUCUGCCCAUCGGUGCUCGAAUUUAUUCAGUUGAGAUGGAUGAACAAAAUGCUGCCAUUGCAGAAAAAGUCAUUCGGCUGGCAGGUUUUGAUGAAGACAUGGUGGAGCUGAUCGUAUGUCCAUCAGAUGAAGUGAUCCCACGUUUACGUGAGGACUACGGCAUUGAACACCUCGACCUGGUGUUUAUGGACCAUUGGAAACGCUGUUAUCUGCCUGACCUGCAGCUGUUGGAAGGUUCUGGUCUUCUCGGUGAAGGAUCUCUCAUUAUUGCAGAUAAUGUCAUUUUUCCAGGAGCACCGAAUUUCCUGCGGCACGCCCGGCGCUCGGGCCUCUAUGAGCUCCGGGUUCACCGUGCCACGCUGGAAUACAUCCGUGGAAUCCGUGACGGUAUGGCCGAGCUGACUUUCCUCGGGAUCAAGUGAAAGGUGUUUGAGAAAGUUUCGUUCUUCGCCUAUACAGCUCUCACAAGGGCUUUUUUUUGACUGGAUAAGGAUUUUUUAUCAUUUUGAUUCAGACUGAUUUGCUCAUGAAUCAUUCGCAAUAUUUUUCAGGAAUUAGUUGAUCAGAUUCAUUGUAAAGAACUGAAUCAAAA